CCCCUGGGUUCUGCAGGAGGGCGGCUGGUUCUAACUCGUCCCAGAGCUAGGAAUCCUGUCCCUGUCCUCUGUGGUCCUUCACCAAGUGACAGAGGACCUGGCCUGGCAUGGGAUGGCAUUAUGAUGUGACAUGGUGUCCUGUAGGCUACGGUGCAGGGACCGAUCACACAAUAAUGCCGACGCUUCUCCGCGUACAGGGGGGUCACAUCCUGCUGUGAACUGGAGCUUGACAUUGAAGAUAUGAACGCCCGGCAUGUCUGUGACCUUGGUGACGGGUCUCCCGCUCUGUGACCUCAGCAGGGCUGAGAAAACGCCGGUCCCCCUUGACCCAGCAGAGCUGAGGUGGCUGCCCUGUGUCCCGAUGCUUGACAGUUGGAGGCCCACCGGUUUCUGACCCCAGAGGGUGGACCCCGGGAGCCUGGCCCCUGGCUGGGAGAUAAGGCCAGAAUCCAAGCCCUGGGUGAAGUCACCCGGCUCCCACAGGCCUGAGGAGCGGAACCUCUGCCGAACUGCCACUUUCAGAGCCACUGGGGGGGAGUUCCGAGGUGAAGAACAAGAUGUAGGGAGAUGGGACCACCUCCCGCGCGUCCCCUGGCUUGGCCACAAGAAGCCCACCUUGACCUUGGGCCACCUCUCCCUUGGCCUAACCAAGAGCUGGACGUGUCCUGGGCCUCAGGCCUGGGCUACCCCCUUUGCAGAGGGAGGAAGACUGAGGACCCCCGGGGGUCCUGUCCCUAGGGGAAGCCCGGAAAGCCACGCCCCUGUCGCCUCCCCAGCCGCCCAGCAGCCAGUGGGUCCGGAAUGCCCGCGCCAUGGCCAAGCUCUGGGUCAAGGUGCAGCGCUCCUGCCGCAGGAAGCCCCUGCGCUUCCUCUCGCUCCUGGCCCUCUACCUGGCGGCCGGGAGCCUGGUCUUCCUGCACUCGGGCUUCGGGGGUCAGCCCGCCGCCUCCCAGGGCCAGGCCAGCCCCGCCGCGGGGGGCCACGAGCUGCCCUUCCUGGGCGACCUGCACCUGGGCAGGGGCUUCCGCGACGGCGAAGCGUCCAGCAUCGCGCGCAGGUACGGACCCUCGUUCAAGGGCAAGGACGCCCACGAGAGAGCCAAGCUGGGCGACUACGGGGGAGCCUGGAGCCGAGCCCUCAAGGGGAGAGUCCUCCGGGAGAAGGAGGAGGAGCGAGCCAAGUACAUCGGCUGCUACCUGGACGACACCCAGAGCCGCGCCCUGAGGGGCGUGUCCUUCUUCGACUACAAGAAGAUGACAGUCUUCCGUUGCCAGGACAACUGCGCCGAACGGGGUUACCUGUACGCCGGGCUGGAGUUCGGGGCCGAGUGCUACUGCGGCCACAAGAUCCAGGCGGCCAACGUGAGCGAGGCCGAGUGCGACAUGGAGUGCAAGGGCGAGCGGGGCAGCGUGUGCGGUGGCGCCAACCGCCUCUCGGUCUACCGGCUGCAGCUGGCGCAGGAGUCGGCCCGCAGGUAUGGGAGUGCAGUAUUCCGAGGCUGCUUCCACCGGCCUGAGAACCUCUCCCUGGCCUUGCCCGUGACAGCCGCCAUGCCCAACAUGUCUGUGGACAAGUGCGUGGAUCUCUGCACAGAGAAGGAGUUCCCGCUGGCGGCGCUGGCCGGCACCGCGUGCCACUGCGGCUUCCCCACGACACGCUUCCCUCUGCACGAGCGGGAGGACGAGCGGCUGUGCGCGCAGAAGUGCAGCGCCGAGGAGCUGGAGAGCUGCGGCAGCCCCGGCUACUUCGUCGUCUACCAGACGCAGGUCCAAGACAAUCGCUGCAUGGACAGAAGGUUCCUCCCGGCCAGGUCCAAGCAGCUGAUCGCUCUGGCCAGCUUCCCAGGGGCCGGCAACACGUGGGCCCGUCACCUCAUCGAGCUGGCCACCGGCUUCUACACUGGCAGCUACUACUUUGACGGGUCCCUGUACAAUAAAGGGUUCAAGGGCGAGCGCGACCACUGGCGCAGCGGGAGGACCAUCUGCAUCAAGACGCACGAGAGCGGCCAGAAGGAGAUCGAGGCCUUCGAUGCCGCCAUCCUGCUCAUCCGCAACCCCUACAAGGCGCUCAUGGCCGAGUUCAACCGCAAGUACGGAGGCCACAUUGGCUUUGCCGCCCACGCGCACUGGAAGGGCAAAGAGUGGCCGGAGUUCGUGCGCAACUACGCCCCCUGGUGGGCCACCCACACGCUGGACUGGCUCAAGUUCGGCAAGAAGGUGCUGGUGGUGCACUUCGAGGACCUGAAGCAGGACCUGUUCGUGCAGCUGGGCCGCAUGGUGCGCCUGCUGGGCGUGGCGGUGCGGGAGGACCGGCUGCUGUGCGUGGAGAGCCAGAAGGACGGCAACUUCAAGCGCUCGGGGCUGCGCAAGCUCGAGUUCGACCCCUACACGGCCGACAUGCAGCGCAGCAUCUCGGCCUACAUCAAGAUGGUGGACGCGGCGCUCAAGGGCCGCAACCUCACGGGCGUCCCCGACGACUACUACCCGAGAUGACGGGGCGCGGGGAGGGCGGCGGCCUGGCCACGCCCACUCACCUGGCCUCUCCGGUUGGGGACCGCCCCCGUGGCGGCCGCUGCUUGCCCUCGGCGAGCCUCCUGCAUGACAGAGGAGGCUCGAGGGAACCGACUGUCCAGGUCCCCGCGCCCUCCGCACCCGCCCCUUCCCUCUUGGAGAUGCGGGCUACCUGGCUUGGCGAGUUCUGGUCACAGGCACCAGCGUCUUGUGUCCCCCGUGUCCCUGCGACCACCACUCCGGGUUGCACUGGUGGGCUGCAGGGUUCACCGUUGUCGUGGAGAUGAGCUGAGUGUCCUCCCCCGAGUGCCCGCUGAUUGGGUCCUUGCCCGGAUGGCUCACGGGGCAGAGCCUCGCUUUCUUCAGGAAGCACUUGCUGUGACAUGGCUCAGGUCACCUCCUGUUUGGGAGAAAGACAGCUGGCCGCGUCCAGGAGGCCUUAGAUGUCUGGGGUCUGGGUAGCUGGAGGAGAGCCCGUGCUCAAGCAGAAUGGGCACCCCAGGCAGGGUCACCGGCUUCCUGAGCGCACCCCAGGCAGGUCACACUGUGGCCCGACCCCACCAGGGCUGGAGUCGCACCUCCUCUCCUCCCUCCCUGCCCAGCACCCUGUCUAGGAGGUGAACUCGGAGUCCUGGAUCCCAUUCCCAGGGCUCCCCAGGUACCCGACAGAAGACCCAGUGACCCAAGGUGGGGGGUCUCACACCUUGAUCUUACACUGCCCUUGUGACCCCUACCACUGGGUCCCGUGCUAUCCAGGUGAGAGCCCCAGGGGGCUCCAGAUCAGAAGGAACUGCGCCUGGAAGAGAUGCCCCUCCUUCCCAGGCACCGGCCUCCCCUUGACCACAGCCCAGUCGGACCCGCCUCCCCCGGGAUCCUCCGAGGAAGGGGUCAGAAUGGCCCAUCAUCUCCACCCUCCGCUGCUCUCUUGACACCAAACCAAAGGAUUUCUGAGGACUUGAGUCACUGAUCAUUCAUUGACCCGAGAUCCCCUCCCGCCCCCCAGGUCGGAUCCUUCGGCUUUACAUCCUGUCCACAGGACCCUCCCACCACGUCCAUGCAAAAGCCAUAGGUCACUGCCUCUUCGCCAUCCUGUCCAGGGCGGCCCCCCUGAGCCGCCCCUCUGAAGUCGAAGCUCGUUCCAAACAGCAAAGGGGCCUGGGGAAGGCAAGUGAAAAGAGAUAUAUUUUUUUAAGAGGUCUAUGACGAAUACAUUCCGCCCCCUGGACCCCGGCCACGCAGAGAGGGCACAGGAGUCGCACCUGAUUCCCUUCUCUGGUUCCCAUGACUGUAGGAUCUGGGCCACCCCAGGGCCGGGCCAGGGGGCGAAUUUCUAGUGUUCUUUCACAAAGCAGCAGCGGACUUGGCCUCCGCUCCCACUGGGAGGGCAGCUGUCUCUGGGAGAUUCGGUCCAAGACCUGGACCAGCUCUUUGCCGGUGGUCACCUUGGACCACCCGCCUCUGUCUGAAGAUUCCUCAGGUCAACACUAUCAUUAAAUGAGAGUUUUGUUGAUAA